CGCUCUCUUGUGUUUCUCUGUGUCUGUCCUGUCUCCUCGCGCGUCCCUGGCGUCACCUCGUCGUGUCUGCGUCUAUCCGGCCCGACCAAAACACGAAACUCAUACAGCAUCUGCUAUUCUCAUUCCCGUCCCCACUCGUUCUCGACAGAUCACAUAUAUGCUGGCGUCAUAAAUACCAUCCCCUCUCUCUAAAAAGGCAGCCCACUUGCGGACGACGAUCAUCAUCCAUCAUCCCCAGACCUCGAGGAGGAGAACACAGAGAUCUCCAUUUAGCAAUCUUUGUCCGUACUCGAAGGGGGGCUCCGUCAAGGGAAGUCUAAAAAAAACCCAAACAAAAGAGACUCCCGGAUUAGCUCAUUCGCUCAUCUCCAUACCCGAGAGGACAUUCAUUUCUGUUCAGCGUCUGUUUCAGGCCGCAAGAAACUGGGUCCUUCCCCCGCUGUGCGCACACACCUUUGCAGCAGACAUACUUCUAUUCUUAUUGAGAGCCGGAAAGAAGAUCUCCUGCUGGCCAACAACACUUUCUUUUCUCCAGAAAAGCGCAAAUCUACUACACAGGUCGACCUCCUGGAGGAGGCGACCCAAUAUCCCUCAGCAACAUGUCGUCCAGAUCAUCCCUCCACUUUUCCUCUAGUCCGGAAAGCCCAGGAGCCGGACCAUCGGGCUCACCUCAUCCUAUCGUCACCGUGACCAUUCCGAAAGACGAGGUCGAGGAGAUUAUCAAGGCAAAGAAGAAGAAGGUCGGUUUUGCGAGAGAUCCGUCACCGCCAAGAGAGGCCGGCGAUGAUUAUUUCGACCACGUUCCGAUCGGUGGUGAUUCGGCCAACAACACGCCGGGUGCUGGACCAGCUGCCCGCCGUGACUCCUUCGACCGUGCUGAGCUCACCGAGGCCCUGGAGAAGAUUCUUAAGCCGGAGGACCACUCUGGGCCCCCGGAGCUUCACCUCCCACGUCCGCGCCCUGCCCUGCGCAAGAGCAGGCCAGCCAGCCCUGCCGAGCCCGUCGUGGGCCUAUCACACCCGUCCGAGAUCGAGGCAAGAUACAGGGCAGGCCGGCUGGCCGAGAGCGUCUCGGCCUUGGCGUCCAGGAGGAACUCCAUUGACAGCAGGGACGACGCACACGACGGCCUGCUCCCCGAGACCAGUGCUCACGACUGGCAUGGAGCGUCGAUGAUGGCAACAGGUGCCGCCACCUCAGGCGCCGAGACGGACUUGGAGGGUCUCAUAUACCGUAAGAAGGUGGAGACGGAGGCGGACAGGCUCGUACGGAAGCACACGCAAAGGAGACGUGACAACCUCGCGCCCACCUCUGUACCGCAGACCCCCGAUCCAGACACUCGCUCCAGGCCGGCGACUCCUGUCGCAUACGACCUUGAAUACGUCCCUCCUGCGCCGGCCAAGUACCAUGGCGGCAUCCUCGGCAGCCUACUCAAGCUUUACAACAACGAGGAGGCCAGGCACGACAGCGGAACCACCACUCCGGACUUGCGGACCCCGCGCAGCUCCCCGCCCAGCACCACACCGGGAACGCCACGGGUCCCAGAUCCGCCCUCCCGACCUCGCAGUGGCCUGUUUGGCCUCGGCUCCCGCCACUCCGCCUCGACGCUCGCCGAGCUGAUCGGCUCAACGUCUACUCUCGUCGCCCCUGCUUCCGCCGGGACAAGCAAGGACUGGUCUGAAGCCGUCGCGAGCAAGGUGAGACAGGAACGCGAGAAGCCCAAGAAGGGGCACAGGCGGAAGACUUCCAAGUCGUCCACCAAGACACAACAACUCCUGGUCACCAAACACAUCGCGGUGAUCAUCUCCCGCCACCGAUACCUUGUCAAGCUGUGCCGCGCCCUGAUGGAGUUCGGUGCCCCAACCCACCGGCUGGAGGCGUACAUGGCCAUGUCCGCCCGCGUGCUGGGCAUUGAGGGCCAGUUCCUCUAUCUCCCGGGUUGCAUGAUCAUCUCCUUCGACGACACCGAGACGCAUACCACCGAGGUCAAGAUCGUCCGUACCCCGCAGGGCGUAGAUCUUGGAAAGCUUCACGACGUCCAUGAAGUUUACAAACUUGUCGUGCACGACCUCAUCUCGGUCGACGACGCCAUGUUCCGCCUCGACGCCGUCAUCAACAAGAAACAGAAGUACAACAAGACCAUCCGUGUGCUCGUCUAUGGUCUCGCUGCCGUCACUGUCGCGCCAUUCGCCUUCGAGGGUAGGUGGAUCGACAUGCCCAUCGCCUUCGUCAUGGGCUGCAUUCUGGGCGUUAUGCAGCUCUUUGUCGCCCCGUCCAGCGAGCUCUACGCCAAUGUCUUUGAGAUCUCCGCCUCUCUUCUCAUGGCCUUCCUGGGCCGCAUGUUCGGCUCCAUCACCUACCACGGCGAGCGCCUCUUUUGCUUUUCCGCUCUCGCCCAGUCGUCUAUCGCCCUCAUCUUGCCUGGAUAUAUGGUCUUGUGCGGCAGUCUUGAGCUGCAGAGCCACAACAUGGUGGCCGGCUCCGUGAGGAUGGUCUACGCUAUGAUUUACACCCUGUUCUUAGGGUAUGGUGUAACCAUCGGCGCGACGCUCUACGGGCUGAUGGACCAGAACGCUGUUAGCGAGACAACGUGCGAGAACCCGCUGAACAGCUAUUGGGACCUGCUCUUCGUACCGCUCUUCACCGUGUGCCUUUGUAUCAUCAACCAGGCCAAGGUGAAGCAGAUGCCUGUCAUGCUGAUGAUUUCUUUCGCGGGCUAUGUGGUCAAUAGCUUCACGGACAAGGCGACCAACUCCUCGACUGUGUCGAACACGCUGGGUGCCUUGACAAUCGGCGUGCUAGCAAAUAUCUACUCUCGUGUGAGUCGCCAUGCCGAAAACUUCUGGCUCGAUCUCUGGGAGAAACAUCUCCAGCCGCGCAUCAAGGGCCUGCGUAACCCUCGUCGUACCGACCCGGAGGCCGCCCUGAAGGCUGAGCCCGCAGACUCUCCUGACGGGAGGCGCGUGGGCUACGGCCUUGCGGCGGCGGCGAUGCUCCCGGCCAUCUUCGUGCAGGUGCCCUCAGGCAUCGCAUCCGCCGGUUCGCUGGUCGCGGGCGUGCUGUCCGCCAAUGCCAUCACAGGCAAUACCACCGCCGAGGCCGCGAGCGGGUCCUCCGACCUCAGCAGCGGUGCCUUCAGCGUGCUGGGUAGUGUCAUACAGGUUGCCAUCAGCAUCUCCGUGGGGUUGAGCCUCGCGGCGCUGCUGGUGUAUCCGUUUGGUAAGAGGAGGAGUGGGUUGUUCAGCUUCUAAAAACAAUGUUCAGCAUUCAAAAAGGAAAGGAUAUGGGCGAGUAAGGUCGAGGCGGCGAGGACACGCACGGCGCAUGUGUUGGAAGAGGACUUUUCUGUUUUUGUUUCAAGGAAUGGGCUGAGGGGUAAAGAGAGAGGGAGUCUGGUGUGGCAUAGCGACUGUUUUUUUCAUUAUUUUCGUGCCUUCAUUCCUCCUUUCGAAUUCUUCAAAAAGUGCAUUUUCAGAGCGCAGAGACACAAGAAAUGCGGUAGGGGUUCAAUGGUUGAUAGUUCCUUGGUCCUUCCUUCGUCUUCCCGCACUCAUAGAGCAAAAGAUACCCAAUAGAUUUAAAGACACAGCAGAAAAUCAGACACUGUACCCUGUUUCUCCCUUUUAC